AUCAAAUAGUUUAUUUGAGACCAGGGAUUGGUACGACCACUUAUUUUCAACUUUUGGCUGAAUACGGGUGAACUUGGCUUUUUGUUUUCCCCAAACCCAGGACAGAAAGAAAUUAAAAGCCCUGACUGUGCCGGGAUAGACUGAGAGGCCCAGGAAAGGCUGUACUAAGUACUUGGAGGGUUUGCUUUUUCCUUCUUGCUGCUGCUGCUGUUUCCUCGAGGAUGAAGGGAAAGAUAAAACCCUCCUGCCUCCGUUCGUGCUUUCAUUCGCCCCAUUCCUCGAAGGUGACGAAACUUCAGCACAUCUCUGUCCAUUUUGGAAACAAGAGGAUCCCCUCAAGAGCAAAUAGGCGGAAACAAUGACCCCGCGCCCGGAGUUUUUCUGAGCUGCUAAACAGGGAGAGAGAUCCGACAAAACAAACAAGCGAAGGCGACACAGCCAGGUUAGCACCGAGCAGCAGGGCGGGAGCGCCAGAAGGGCGGGAGCACACGGGCCCUUCCCCACAGCCAGCGCCUCCGCGGGUCCCACCCCUCGAGGGCGGGGCCGACCGCUCUUUCCGGGUUUGCGAACGGAAGUGGGCGAAUUUGAAUCCUGUGGGCCGUUGAAUGUGGCUGCUCGCGGUCGGCGUGCCCCGACGUAGAGCGGGCCGGGGAAAGUGGCGCUGACGCUCUGGAACUUCUGCCCAGCUCUCCUUGUAAAAUGAAUGAAAGUAAACCUGGUGACUCACAGAACCUUGCUUGUGUUUUCUGUCGAAAAAAUGAUGACUGUCCUAAUAAAUAUGGAGAAAAGAAAACUAAGGAGAAAUGGAAUCUCACUGUACAUUACUACUGUUUGUUGAUGUCAAGUGGAAUUUGGCAGAGAGGCAAAGAAGAAGAAGGAGUUUAUGGUUUUCUAAUAGAAGAUAUCAGGAAGGAAGUGAAUAGAGCUUCUAAACUGAAAUGCUGUGUUUGCAAGAAAAAUGGUGCUUCAAUUGGAUGUGUUGCACCCCGAUGUAAACGAAGUUAUCAUUUCCCAUGUGGACUUCAGAGAGAAUGUAUUUUCCAGUUUACUGGCAAUUUUGCGUCAUUUUGUUGGGACCAUCGACCUGUUCAAAUAAUUACAUCUAAUAAUUAUAGAGAGUCCUUACCAUGCACCAUUUGCUUGGAAUUUAUUGAGCCUAUUCCAAGUUAUAACAUAUUACGAAGUCCUUGUUGUAAGAACGCUUGGUUUCAUAGAGACUGUUUACAGGUUCAAGCAAUAAAUGCGGGAGUGUUUUUCUUUAGGUGUACAAUAUGCAAUAAUAGUGACAUCUUUCAGAAAGAGAUGUUGAGAAUGGGAAUUCAUAUUCCUGAAAAAGAUGCUUCCUGGGAAUUAGAGGAAAACGCUUAUCAAGAGCUUCUGCAGCACUAUGAGCGUUGUGAUGUUCGAAGAUGUCGUUGCAAAGAAGGGCGAGACUAUAAUGCACCUGAUAGCAAAUGGGAAAUAAAGCGCUGUCAGUGUUGUGGUUCCAGUGGCACACAUUUAGCCUGCUCCUCAUUACGGUCAUGGGAGCAAAAUUGGGAGUGUUUGGAAUGUAGGGGUAUUAUCUACAAUUCAGGAGAUUUCCAAAAAGCCAAAAAACAUGUAUUACCCAACUCUAAUAAUGUGGGGAUUACAGAUUGUUUAUUGGAAGAGUCAUCACCUAAAUUACCCAGACAGUCACCUGGAGCCCAGAGUAAAGAUCUACUGAGGCAAGGCAGCAAAUUUAGAAGAAAUGUAUCAACACUAUUAAUAGAGUUAGGAUUCCAAAUUAAAAAAAAAACUAAAAGAUUAUAUAUCAACAAAGCCAAUAUCUGGAAUAGUGCCUUAGAUGCAUUCAGAAAUCGAAACUUUAAUCCUUCAUAUGCAAUUGAAGUAGCAUAUGUUAUUGAAAAUGAUAAUUUUGGAAGUGAGCAUCCUGGAUCAAAGCAAGAAUUUCUGAGUCUCUUAAUGCAACAUCUUGAGAACUCAUCAUUGUUUGAAGGGUCCUUGUCAAAGAACUUGUCUCUAAAUUCUCAAGCUCUGAAAGAGAAUCUUUACUAUGAAGCUGGCAAAAUGCUUGCCAUUUCUUUAGUUCACGGUGGUCCUUCACCUGGUUUCUUUUCUAAAACCUUGUUUAACUGCCUUGUUUAUGGACCAGAAAAUACCCAGCCAAUUUUAGAUGAUGUUUCAGACUUUGAUGUGGCACAGAUUAUAAUCAGGAUAAACACUGCAACAACUGUAGCUGACUUAAAGUCAAUAAUAAAUGAAUGCUAUAACUACCUUGAGUUAAUUGGAUGUCUCAGACUUAUAACGACAUUAAGUGAUAAAUAUAUGUUAGUAAAAGACAUACUUGUCUACCAUGUAAUUCAGAGAGUCCACGCACCCUUUGAAAGUUUCAAGCAGGGUCUGAAAACCCUUGGUGUUUUGGAGAAAAUUCAGGCUUAUCCAGAAGCAUUUUGUAGCAUCCUGUGUCAUAAACCUGAGAGUCUUUCUGCAAAAAUCCUUAGUGAGCUUUUUACAGUACACACAUUACCUGAUGUAAAAGCUUUGGGGUUUUGGAACAGUUACUUACAGGCUGUUGAAGAUGGUAAAUCUACAACAACAAUGGAAGACAUUCUUAUUUUUGCAACUGGUUGCAGUUCCAUUCCUCCAGCUGGAUUUAAACCCACUCCUUCAAUUGAGUGUCUGCAUGUGGAUUUUCCUGUUGGAAACAAGUGUAAUAACUGUUUAGCAAUUCCCAUCACCAAUACAUAUAAAGAGUUUCAAGAGAAUAUGGACUUCACCAUAAGAAACACUCUAAGACUAGGAAAGGAAGAAAGUUCUCAUUACAUUGGACAUUAAAAUGUUUCCUUGAACAAAGAGAAGCUUCUUUAAAAGCUGCUAUUGAUAAUUCUCUUUUAUUUCACUAACCUUUUCAUCAUCACUUUGAACAAACUAGUUAGCUUCUUGACCUAAUAAAAUUUAUGAUAUGAACAUAAAGGAAUAUUUUAGCCACUUAGGCUAAAAAAAAUUUUUUUUUGUUGAAGCAUACUAGUCAAAAUAGGUGAUAAUUUCUCAUUUUCUUGAUAUACAUACUUCAUAAACCUCAAUAUAAAUACUCUCAAAAUGGUUGUAUGGAUUUUAUUUAGGUAUGGUAGCAUGGUUAAUAAAAGUAAAAACUGUUUUACUCACAUUUUUUGUAAAUUAGGAUUACAUAUAGAAUGCCACAGUUUUUCUAGGUUUAUUCAAUUUUCAAAUUAUUCCUCAUUUUAUUUUAAAGCAUUAAAUAGAAAAGCUAAUUGGUUAAAUUUUGUUAUAUAAAUCAGAGGCGUAUAUUCUGGGAUUUGUGUUACUAUGCAUACUUUUCUAGCAUGUCACCAAAUUAGUUGUUUAAAAUGUUUUUAGAUUACUGAUUUAUAUUAAGAUGACCCACACUGCAAUUAGAUUAUGCCUAGUGGGAAGUAUUAUAUAAAAAGCAGAAUUAAGCUGGGCACAUGGUGCCUGUAAUCUCAGUUAUAAGGGAGGCUGAGGUAGGAGAAUCGAGAUGCUCAGCCAGCCUGGCAAUGUAGUGAAGACUCCAUCUCAAAAAAAAAAAAGCGAAUUGCACAAAUUAUCCGGAAUCUAUGGACAUUCCAUGAGCUUAAACGCUUUUGAGGUGGAUAACAUUUAGUUGAAAAUACCUAAGAAAGUGUGUCUUCUUUAAAGCCUUGGCUUUAAUCAUGGGAAAUUUUUGUUGUUGUUGUUGUUGUUGUUUGUAUCCUAUGUUUGGUAUUCUGUAUGUCUGAUCCAUAAUCAUUUUAGGUAUUUGAAUGAUCUCUGUGGAUUGGUAGGUUUGGCCAUUUGACCGUUAUUUAUUAUCAAGAUGGUUGUAUGCUAAGGUAAGUUGACGCCAUAGCAUUAUACAGUUAUCUUCAUUGCUCUUGAUUGUUACAUAAGCAAUGUAUAAAUAAAGUAAAAAGGAUAGAAUGAAAAACCCAUUCUAAUGUCACCACUCAGAGAUAGGUACCGUGUUUCUGUGUAUCCUUCUAUAAACUCUUUACUUGUUUCCUGUAUUUUUUAACUUUAGUAAUGCUACUAAAAGACAAUACCUAAAAGUAACUGUACUAACAAUGUGCUAACAGUGUGAAAAUAUAUAGUCCCAUAGUCAUGUCCCCAUAUUUAUACUCCCACAAAAGAAAAAAUUGGAAAACAAAGUCUGAUGUCCUUAACCUAUUAUCAUAUUUAAAUGAUAUAAUGAUUCAGUUUUCCAUGAAAGUAAAUCAUUAUGAUAGGUAAAUCAUUAUGGGAAGUAAAAUGUUUUAACCAUAUUUUUCUUAAUACACAAAGCAGGUGUCAGCUGUUGUCGUAUUCUUACCCUUCUUAAGAAAAAUCAUUAAAUUAUUGAUAUUUUUUAAGAAAAGUAACAGAAUAGAUUUGAAAGAGAUAAUAUAUCUCUUAAUGCCAAAGGAAAACUAAAACAUAAUUCUAGUGUACUUUUCUUUGUUCCCUCAUGUCUUUUUCAAUCUGUACACUAACAUACCUAGCAAAUUAGUUUUACUUUAACUUGAAAUAUUUAAGAACAUUAAACAAGACAUUUCUUUGGCUUUGGUUGAAUUUUUUUGUCUUACCAAUAGUAAUUGAAAGAUCAAUUAUCAAAGAGUUUGAAUAGCUAAUAUAAACCCCAAACUCACCAUACAGUUUUUAUUCCAAAUAUGUUGAUAAAAAGAUAUUUGUUUCUUUAUCCACCUUAUUUUUAUUACAGUUAAAAACCAAUACAAACCAAUAUAACCUAGUUAAAGCUAUUUUCUGGUUUUUAGUUGUAAUUAAUUUCCCCUAGGGUAGAAAUUAAAGCUGAUAAGUCACACACGCAUACUUUGUUGGGGUGGCGGUGGCAGUUGGAGAGGCAGUGUACUUGGGUUAGCUACAAUUAAAAACAGUAUUUCAAUUCCUCAUUUGACUUAUUUUAUAUAUAGACAGGGCCUUAGUGAUAAGAUGGUGUAAAUAAUUUAGGAUAUUCAUGUUUUAAAGUGAAGCAUAAAUAUUUAUUUUGCAAAAUGUUUUCUAGUUUGAAGGAUGUUCCAUUAUUAGGAUUUUUAGAUUAAUCUGUAUGGUCAAGGAAUAUCAGAGAAACCUGUAGGUUAUUUAUUUUCUGCAGUGUCAUUUUGUCAAAUGGUUGGUAUUAUAAUUGUUCUUUUCUUAUUAAUUUUAUAACCAGUGCAUAAUUCUUACAUUAGAUUUUAAAAAAGAAUUAUGCUAUAAAUCUUUAUAAAUAUGUAUGUAUAUUUCUUAAAUAUUGCAAUUGCCUAAAUGUUGUAUAUUUUAAGGCUGUUUUCUCUUGUUCUCAAUGUUGAGGAAAACUAUAAAUUGAUCUAUAAUGCAUCUACUGUUAAUGGUUUUGGUUAGUUUGAUAUUCAUUGUUUUUAAACAGUUUCCAAUAUGGAAACUUUAACACCUUUUAUACAAUUCUCUACUAUUCAAGAUAUUCUUUAAAAUAUCUCACCAGAAACUUAUAAUUUUAUACUUUGUAAUUUUUAGUUUCUGUAAUUUGAGGAAGUGACUUUUUUUGUUUGGGUUAAGUAAAAAGCCUUUAACUGAUUACCAGCAUGAGAAUUCACCUUGGUUUCUAUUUUAUGCAUUUGUAAAUUUUUCUCCUAAUUAUGUGGAAGCUAUUGGAACUUUUGUAUUCAGUGCUAAAUACUAAGUCAAGGGGAGUAUAUUAGGUAAGUUUUUUCAGUGACUGUGCCUUUAGCAUUCAGUCAUUAUAAGAAAAUGAUCAAAACAAAAUCAUUACAUUAUAAACAUGUAAUUAUUUUAUAUAGUGAUUAUCAUGUACUGCAUUGUUACUUUAAAAUAAGCUAUUAAACUAGUUUUUAUGGUUCAAGUAAUGCAA